AUGGCCUCUGACGCCGCCAGCUCGCGGGUCGACCUCUACGACUCGACCAUGACUGUCCCCUCCGACUCGGAAAACUACUCGACAAACCACGAAAUCUCGUCUUCACCCCCCUCAACCUCCAGCUCUCCCAUGAUUCUUUACAAGCCGCCAACUAUUUGGGGUAUUCUCCGCGGAGCGGCAAUCAACCUUGUCUUGCCUUUUGUGAACGGGCUGAUGCUGGGAUUUGGCGAGCUGUUCGCCCAUGAAGCGGCCUUCCGUCUUGGGUGGUCUAAUACGAAGGCAGGUCCAAUGGCGACACUUCAUAUCAUCUUCCCGACUUAUCGACGAACGCACGCCGUGGGUCCUGGCGUGGAAAUGCGCGAGCUCCCUUCAGAGCGGCGGCGUAUUACUUCUCAGUCUGGACUAAAAGACACUUCAUCUCUUGAGUAG